CAUUUCUCUCUCUCUUUUUCUUCCCUUUUCUCUCUCACUUUCUUUCCCUCUCUCAUUUCUCUUCUUUUGCUGCCUGGAGGAUGCUUUUCAAUUAACGCCACCAGUGGCACCGCUCGGCAGGAGGAAAAAAGCUAAGGGCAGUGAGAAAAGAGGGAUGGCCCUACCAAACCUCAUCCACCCACCCCAGGGAUCAGGCUCAGAGAAAGCCAGAGUACCCUCACCAAAGAGGUUCACCCAUCAGCCCUGCUCUGUGCGCCUUUGCUGCGCUUUAGCUGAGCCUGGCCACUCACUUGAGAAAGGUAUCCCCACUCAUGCGCCCCCUCCCAGCCCAACAGGGGGUCACGUAAGAAGGAAGAGGAGGGUCAUCUUUGGAGAAGCCGCCACUGCAGGCUAGUCACCCUUUCCAUCACACCCUCCUCCCCGAUUCCAUUCCCACCUCGCCAGCCCUCGUGUUAGUGAGGUUGGUGUCGGUCAUGGCCAAGUUGGGCCAGUGUCUCGGAGUGAAGAACAAGUCACGUGACCGGGUCAGCAGGGAGCCGCAGGAGAGGGUUCAAAGAUGAACCCACAUGUGGCUCUGGAGCCGCAGGUUGCCAACACCUGCUCUAAAUGGACUAAGAAAUGAGAAAGUGGAGGAAACUCUCCUGAAAUCUUCUAUAUGUGCAAGGCCACUCUUACUAACAGGGAGAACCAUAUACAAAAGCUGCUAGUAGGACAGGAAGGGACAUCAAUCUCAUGCAUGCUGUACUCACUCCAACUUAUAUAAAAGUGCUCGGCUUCACAGCUGAUAUGAAGUCCAAAACUAGGCUAUUCCUUCUAGUACGAUGGUGCAGUAAGAUUCAACUAUCAAUCCAAAUGGUUAAUGUGCAUGGAGCUGAGACGAGAGACCAUCCUGUACUUUAUCUGAGGUGGGAAAAUACCUUUGGUCCAUUGUAGGUCUGGGUUCAUACAAUAUUACAGCAUACUAAAUCUGCCUCUGAAGCUAAACAGUUUGUGGGUUUACACAAUACCUUGUACAUAACUAACCAAGAGGCUGGUUUCAUAUAAUGUGUUGAACCAUCAAAAUAAAAACUGAAGUUGAAUAGUAGUCAAGGUUAGUAUGAGUCACCAAUGUUAGCAUGCUAUGCUGCUCUAGCCCAAUGGCUCUUGAGUGUGGAAAAGAGAUGACAAACAACACUCAACAGCAGCCGCAUCCACAGUUGGAUAGCAACAUCUAUCCGUCAACAUGGCUGACUGCAAAAAGUUAAAUAUGAUUGGAUUGUGUUAGUACUCAAAUGGGAGAAAGCCACGAAACGCCAAGGCUGAGAGGCUGAAAACGUCUCCUGGAAGAAGGCAGUGGUAAACCACUUUGGCAUUCUUGUCAAAACCAAACACCCUGCAGGAAAGAAUUAACUUAAGCAGCUGCAGUAUAGAUUCAACUGCCAACACAUGCCUCAGGUUGUUGCACCACCAGUUCAUCCAUAAUUACAAGAUGCACAGUUUUUGGCUUUACCUAAGGUAACAAAUGGCAAGCUGUUGUAGUUGUUCUCAGUCUACAACUGCCUACCUUUUGCCAUUCAGUCUCACUCUGUGUUCAAGGAAGGGGGGCACCCACCACACUGCCCGGAGUCUGCUGCAACUUAAUCCCAUCCAUAGACCUGGCACCAAAGGAGCACCUGCUCUGGCAAUCGCCCACCUGCUCCCCACCCCCAUCCCUUCCUCCAAACGGCGACUUAAAAUUCGUAGUGGCCUCCCUCUGCUACCUCGCCUAUGCACCGUUGAGGGUGGGCUGCGCUGACUGAGGCCAGCCCUCUGCGACACCCAGACGCCGUCGCCAGCAAGCCAGCACACGCGGUUAAGCAAGCGAGGACCACCGCCGGGCCGUCGGGUUCUCCCUUUCUGGCGGGCGCAGCGGGUUAGUGGCAGCAUCCCCAAGGGAAGCGCCAAUCGGGGUCGAACGCCCAAGUGCGCCGAGGUUGCCUUGAAAGAAUAGAGGCCAGUCACUGCCUAGGCACUUUCACCUGCAGGGCGUCCCCUCGGCGCGUGAGCCGGGAUGAGGACCACCUCCUCCCUGACCCGGCGGUGCCCGACCCUGGAUGCCUCCAGCUGCUCUCAGGAUAUCACUGCACCAGCCUUCGGGUUUUGGCCACACCCGCACACCCCCUCCGCCCCCCAUUUCUGCUUCUCUUCUUCCACAUCACCACAGUUGCCCCUGGUUUAAAUAGCGUCCCUCCCACCCCGGGCUUGCCUUUCCCGGACUGGCUGGGCAUCCCGCUUGACCUCCGCGGGGCCGCUCCCCGGGUCUCCCUGCCCGUCUCGCAAACCUCAAAGCCACGGGCAGGGGAGGGGCAAAGCGCGAGGUGAGAGGGAAGCCAGCGCCGUAGGGCCCGAACUGCGGCGCCUCUCGGAGAAAGUAAAGGGUGAGCGAAGGGGCGGGCCAAGGCGGCGGAGAGCACCCAAUGAGCGUUCGGGAAAGCGGUCGGGGGCCGAGCCGGUCGAGUCGCCAUCCAAUGACCGUGAAGCAGUGGAGGGCGGGAGUAAAACGUUGGGAGCUGGGAGAAGUCGGAGAAGGCGAAGAGUCCGGAGUCGAGCGGCGAGUUGUCGGCGGAACUGCUGGUGUUCGCUUUGCUCUCGCUCCGGCGCCCGUUAUACUAGCUGCGUAGUCGCUGCGCAGAAGCGCCCGGAGGUUCCCAAGAGUCCGAAGGGAGAGGACCAGCCGGACGAGCGAGUUUCUUUGCCCGCCUGCCUCGAGGAGAACUUCAGCUGGACCGCGGAGCUGCUGGUCGGCAACAGGAAACUUUUCUGGAGCAGCCGGAGGAGGCAGAGCUCCGUCGCCGUCGCCGCAGCGCGGCUGGGUUGCUCCACGCCGGGUUCGGGGAGUUCGAGUGGACUUGCGAGGGCUGCCUCGGCCCUGGCCGCGAUGUCCCUGGCCACGGACGCCGCGGGGCGGAGGCGUCGGGGUGUCGGCGGCGACUGGCCCUUGGCCGAGGGGUGGCUGCUGCUCUUGGCGCUGCUGGUGCUCCCGGGGACGCCCGGGACCCGGGCUUUCGUCUGCCUUCCUUGCGACGAGUCCAGGUGCGAGGAGCCCAAGAACUGCCCCGGCGGCGUCGUCCUGGACAUCUGCGGCUGCUGCUUCAUCUGCGCCCGGCAGCGCAACGAGAGCUGCGGCGGUUUCUUCGGGCUGCACGGCGCCUGCGACCGCGGACUUCGCUGUGUGAUCCGUCCGCCGCUCAACGGCGAUUCUCUCACCGAGUACGAAGCGGGCGUCUGCGAAGAUGAAAACUGGGAUGAUCAGCUACUUGGAUUUGAGCCUUGCAAUGAAAACCUCAUAACAGGCUGCAAUAUAAUCAAUGGAAAAUGCGAAUGUGAUACUAUUAGGACCUGUAGUAAUCCCUUUGAGUUUCCAAGCCGGGAUACUUGCCUGUCAGCUUUAAAAAAGAUUGAAGAAGAAAAACCGGACUGCUCUAAAGCCCGUUGUGAAGUGCAGUUUUCUCCACGCUGCCCAGAGGACUCAAUUCUGAUUGAAGGCUAUGCUCCCCCUGGAGAAUGCUGCCCUCUUCCAAGCCGCUGUGUCUGCAAUCCUGCAGGAUGUUUGAGGAAGGUCUGCCAACCCGGCUAUUUGAAUAUAUUGGUUUCCAAAGCGUCAGGAAAGCCAGGGGAAUGCUGUGAUUUCUAUGAAUGUAAACCAGUGUUCAGUGUGGACUGUAGUACAGUGGAAUGCCCUCCGGUCCAACAAGUUGCCUGUCCUUUGGAUAGCUAUGAAACUCAAGUCAGGCUGACAGCUGAUGGAUGCUGCACUCUUCCCACAAGGUGCGAAUGUCUCUCAGGUUUAUGUGGUGUUGCAAAAUGCGAGCCAGGCUUCAUCCCCCAAAUAGUGUCACGUGGAGACGGAACACCUGGCAAGUGCUGUGAUGUCUUUGAAUGUGUCAAUGAAGUGAAGCCAGCGUGUAUAUUUAAUAGCGUGGAAUAUAAUGAUGGAGACAUGUUCCGAAUGGACACUUGUCGGUUUUGUCAAUGCCAAGGUGGUGUAUCUAUUUGUUUCUCCGCACAAUGUGGCGAGCUACACUGCGAUAGAUACUAUGUACCCGAAGGAGAGUGCUGUCCAGUAUGCGAAGAUUCCAUUUCUCCAAUUAGCAACCCUGCAGGAUGUUAUGCUAAUAGUCAGAUUCAAGCGCAUGGUGACCGCUGGAGGGAAGAUGAUUGUACUUUCUGUCAGUGCAUCAAUGGAGAGUCCCAUUGUGUGGCCACAGCCUGUGGACAAAGUUGCUUGAACCCUGUAAAGGUUCCAGGAGAAUGUUGCCCAAUGUGUGAAGAGCCAACCUACAUCACAAUAGGUCCACCUACAUGUCCUCCUCUGGUGAACUGUACGCUAAAAGAGACAGACUGCAUUUAUGACUUCAAAGUGGAUCAAAAUGGUUGUCACAUUUGCCAGUGUAAAACUAGGGAGGAGCGGUGUACCAAUCUCAUGUCAGAUUGUUCCUUGGACUGUGACUUUGGUUUCCAAACAGAUGUCCAUAACUGUAAGAUCUGUCAGUGCCACCCACGGCCUAAGAAAUGCAAACCCAUAGUAUGUGACAAGUACUGUCCCUUUGGAUACUUCAAGAACAAACACGGAUGUGAAAUCUGUCGUUGUAAGAAAUGCCCAGAGCUUUCAUGUGGGAAGAUCUGUCCAAUGGGCUUUCAGAAAAAUAACCAAGGAUGUAAUAUCUGCAAAUGUGCUGAGAUACCAGCUUCCAUAAUACCACCUGCUAAGGUAGGGACUUGCUUAUCAAUAGAUGGGCACCGUCAUGAGAAUGAAGAAAGUUGGCAUGAUGGCUGCCGUGAUUGUUAUUGUCAUAAUGGACGGGAGAUGUGUGCUUUGAUUACUUGUUCUGUUCCCAACUGUGGCAAUCCAACAAUACACCCAGGACAAUGUUGUCCAUCAUGUCCAGAUGAAUCCAUUGCACAGAAGCCAGAAAUCAGUGGUCCAACCAUCUGUUAUGUUCCAGGAGGAGAGUAUUUUAUGGAAGGAGACACAUGGAACAUUGAUUCUUGUACCCAGUGUACAUGUCAUAAUGCAAGAGUCUUAUGUGAAACUGAAGUCUGUCCCCCUCUACUUUGUCGAAAUCCUACACGUACUCAGGACUCAUGUUGUCCCCAGUGUCCAGAUGAGCCUGUUCAGCCUUCCUUGUCAACCAAUAAAAGCAUGCCCAGUUACUGCAAAAAUGAUGACGGUGAUAUCUUCUUAACCGCUGAGUCAUGGAAACCAAAUGUUUGUACCAGUUGUAUUUGCUUGGAUGGUGGAAUCAGCUGUUACUCUGAAUCUUGCCCACCAGUAUCCUGUGAAAAACCUGUUUUGAGGAAAGGGCAAUGUUGUCCUUACUGUAUAGAAGACACAGCAGCAAAGAAGGCAGUAUGUCAUUUUAAUGGAAAAACCUAUGCGGAUGAAGAACGUUGGGACAUUGAUAGCUGCACUCAUUGCUACUGCUUGCAGGGUCAGACGCUUUGUUCCACAGUUAGUUGCCCCUCUCUUCCUUGCGUGGAACCAAUUAAUGUGGAGGGAAGUUGCUGUCCCAUGUGCCCAGAAAUGUAUGUACCUGAACCUACCAACAUUCCAAUUGAGAAGACAAAUCAUAGAGGUGAUAAAGAACUAGAAGCACCAGUCUGGCCUACAUUCAGUGAAAAUGAUGUUGUUCAUAUCCAUAAAGAUAUGGGUCAUCUUCAGGGUGAAUAUAGAGAAACUAGAGGAUCACAGCCAACUGCAGAAGCAUCUCUUGAUUCUCUUGCCUGGGUAACCGUACCCCUCUUAACAGCUCUAGUUCUUAUAAUUGCACUUUUGUUUAUCAAUCAGAAAAAGCAAUGGAUACCAGUAUCCUGCUACAGAACUCCAGCAAAGCCUUCCUGCUUAAAUAAUCAAUUAGUGUAUGUGGACUGCAAGAAAGGUACCAUGGUUCAGGUGGACAGUUCUCAGAGAAUGCUUAGAAUUGCUGAUCCAGAUUCAAGAUACAGUGGAUUCUACAGCAUGCAAAAACAGAGUAACUUACAAGCAGAUAAUUUCUAUCAGACAGUGUGAGAAACUGCAUCUCUUACCAAGAUAUUAAGAAGAAACAAAGGCUGAAUCUGCUAUUCAAAUAAAACUAGAAUCAUGCACUUGCUUAGUGGAUUGUAUUGGAUUUGUGACUUCAUGUACAGCUCUAAGACCUUGUUGGGAUUGACUCUGAUUCCUGCAGUGUGCCAGAACAAGCAUUCCCACUUCUGACCAAGUGUUUUCCUGGAACCAAAGUUUUAAAAUUUGUUGAUGUUUUGCUUGUAACAUAGUAAUCAUGAUUGUUUGGGAAAAGAAAACUGGGGUGAGCUUGCGUGGU